AAGCGGAAGGUUUACCAGAAAGGCCCAAGGUGAUGCGCCCACCAGCCCACUUCUGAGUCACGUGGGCGCCCUCGGAUCACGUGUUCAUCACCUCGCUCGCGGCCGCAAUCGUAUGACCAAUCGCCGCGGAAUUGUUGCUUGCAUCAGCAACUGCGCUUUCGCCGCUUCCGAAACCGCAGGCCAAUGACUACUAUCUCUGUCUAGAAAAGUUUCCCGGGCGCGCCUCUGAGCCUCUACUUCGCCUUUCUCCCGCAAACUUCUCUGCUUCAUACUCGCCCCGAAGCAACGGAUUGAUUUUGCGUGAUUCCGCUACCCCUCCAUCGACAAACGACUGUACCCCGCCAUGCCGCGAUGCUUACUGAUCGGUACGCCGUCCAUCGCGGCGCACCCAGAGCAGCUAGACAAAGUCUACGAAAUCCAUGAUCGCACCUCGACAGACUUGCAGAUGAUCGACCGUAUCGCUGCUGGCCUGGUCAAUCUUCCCGUCUCCACCUACGACAUCGUUCUCCUCCUCGCCGACGCCGACGGCACAACGCGCGAAAGCCACAAACUACUGGCACGCGAUGUCAUGAACAAAGUAGUCAGCGCAUUGAAGGCUGGGGGAGUGCUCAAGAGCCAGGCUGGUCCACUGCAGGGCACUGAGAAAACAGAGGCCAUUCUUGCAGGGCUCGCGGAAACGGCAGAGGGCAUGACAAAGCCAAAGGACGAAGAAGCCGUGUCAAUACCGCUCAAGUUUGGCAAGAAGAAAGGCGCGAAUGGAACAAACGGCACUGUCAAUCCAGACGGCUCAGUUCCGCUCAGCCUCAACGGCAAACGCAACGAGCCGCAGCCUGCCAAGCCCAACGGCGUGGGCUUUGUAGACUUUAGCGAUGACCUCGACGAUCCUGUCAUCACCGGCGAGGAUGACCUAAUCGACGAAGACGAAUUCAUCACCGAAGCAGACCUGGCGCGGCCAGUCAUUCAACCGCCCGAGUGCCAGCCCAAACCUGGAAAGCGACGUCGCGCUUGCAAGGACUGCACUUGCGGCAUGAAGGAGAAGCUUGAAGCCGAAGACGCCGCACGCCGCUCAGCCGCCGACAAGGCGCUCAACUCGCUCAAACUAGACGCCGACGACCUUGCCGAAGUGGACUUUACGGUACAAGGAAAGGUUGGCAGUUGCGGAAACUGUGCGCUAGGUGACGCGUUCCGGUGUGACGGAUGUCCGUACAUUGGCUUACCGGCCUUCAAGCCAGGCGAGGAGGUGCGGUUGUUGAACAACGACAUUCAAUUAUAAAUUAUCGCUUGGGCGGAGUUGCAUUGAUAACGGCGUAUUGGCGUGGAUUGGGCGGCGAUCUGGACAAUAUGAGGGACUGCCUGAUAGUUAUUCACCGCGCCUGAGUGUGCCAAAAAUGAUUAGAAAUCAAUGAAUGAAUAUGGCCGUGAACGCUUACGAGCAGAAUGAAAUAGAGCCAUAUUCCCUUCUUUUGAAGAC